AUGUUCCAGUGGUUGCAAGACAGUUCGGAUGCACAUGUCAAUCAAGACACCCAUGCCAGUCAAGUGGAAGACCACAUGUACAACCUUUAUGGUCAACGACCUUCCGCCAAAGCCCUGGUGCAGGAGGAGUUGACCACUGAGUUCACGGCGGCGGAACGGGAAAGGUGGUUACACAAAAUCCGUUUGUUACAUGGGGCCACGGGGCAUGGGAGCAAGGACGUUCUCAAACAGGCGUUGGUGAAACGGGGAGUGGACAAGCGAGUGGUCCAACUUGUUGAUGAGUUCCGUUGUAGCGUGUGUGAGGAGCGGAAGCGACCCGCUCCAAGACGAGUGGCCACUCUGGAAGUUCACCCUGAAAGGUGGAAGGUGAUGUUGGCGGAUGGGGCUCAUUGGGUUCAUCCGGGGUCUAAGGUCCGUAAUGUGAUUGGUUUAUACAUGGAUCAAAACAGCCGUUUCCUGGUGGGGAAAGUUUUGGUUCAGCACAAAACCCAUCUUCCGAACGCCGAGACCUACAUCAGGUUCUUCCAGGAACACUGGCAGCAGUAUUUUGGCAAGCCUGAAAUCCUUCGGUAUGAUGCGGAGGGCACUUGGAGAUCUAAAGCUCUUGAUAGUGCUUUCAGUGACAUGGGUAUCAUGCUUGAUCCUGUGCCGGGAGAUGCUCACUGGCAUAUUUCUCCUCUUGAAAGAUCCAUUGCUUGGGUCAAAGAAUGUUUGUCGAAGCUGGCCCUUCAAGAGCCACAGAUGGACACUCAAGCGGCACUGGCAAGUGCGCUCGAAGCUUGGAACAAUCGAGAGGUUGUCCGGGGGUUCUCACCAAGGCAACACGCUCUGGGUCAAGUACCAGACCCCUGUGGGCGGCUGUUCGAGAGCGACGUCAAGGGGCUACCCGUUCACAUGAUGGGGAACCCAGAGGGCGAGAUUGCGCAGCAUCAAAAGCUGCGUGAGGAAGCAGAGGUCGCUUUCACGCGAUGGCAAGCACAGCAGAGAUUGAGCCGAGCCAUAAACUCGAAGGAGCGCAAAAUCCCGGAGUUCGACACAGCUGCAGGGCAAGUGGAGCAACUACGCUUUGCCUCAGAGAGAGAGACGGUGCUGCAUGAGUUCGACAAACCGGUCCAGGUGCCAUGGACCAUGACCGAACUGGCGUCACCGCUGGGCAAGGAAGAGUAUGAAGAUAUCACCAUGGAAGUGCCAAGCACUGAAGAGGUAACCAUCCAUGGCGAGGCACCAGCAUGGCAGGCUCCUCUCCGGCGAGUUCGACACAGACAGCCGGGCAUCCGACAGGAAGCGACAGAAGCCCAGCCAGAGGAGGCACCGCCGCAACGACACCGCAGCCGCUUCUGGAGCACAGAGACGGCCGGCGUGGCCAUCGAGGUGGAGAUGCCGAAGACUCGCCAUGGCUGGCAUCAAGCAGUCCGGGACCUUCCAAACUACUUGGCAAGUGCGCUCAAGAAGAAGAACAUCGAGGUGUAUGAACGGCACAUGGAUCAGGACACUAAGGCAAGGUUCCGCCAGGCGAAGAUGGUGGAGGUCAGAAAGUUUGUGGCCUCCAAGGCUCUGGAAGCACUCCCCCCUGAUAAGCAACCUUCCCGGCAGGAGGCCAUGCGAAUGCGAUGGCUCUUAACCUGGAAGACGGAUCAUGAAGGGGUUCCAUGUAGCACAGUGGAGACCAUGAUGGAGGUUAAUGCUCUCCUGCACAAGAUCAAGGACGCCGCCAGGGAUCCCAUGAUCAUCAGACCACUGGGCUCUCCAGAGGAGGUCACACUGGUGGCGUGGACAGACGCUUCUAACCAGAACCGUAGGAAUGGGGAUAGUACGGCGGGAAUCUUUAUAGGGGCUGCCCACAAAAGAAUUUCCGAGGGUUACAUGUGUGAUGUUAAUCCCAUGUUUUGGUCUUCUAGCAAGAUAGGCCGAGUUUGCAGAUCACCCGGUUCUGCCGAAGCCAGGGCUGCCAUUGACGGGGAAGAUGUCUUGUAUCUUCUUAGGUAUCAAUGGGGUGAACUUUUGGGUAGGAGGCCUAAUCUUAAAGACCCUGAUACGUGUGUUAAACAGACUCCUGGAAUCUUGGUGACUGAUAGCAGAAAUGUUUUUGACCGCAUGCAGCAGCCGUAUAUCUCACCCACAGGAGAGCAGAAGAGAAUCGAUCUCGAAUUGCUCAUGCUCAAAGAGUCUCAACGACGUACCCAGCUGGAGAUUAGAUGGGUGAAUGCACAGGCUAUGUUGGCCAACAGUCUCACAAAGAGGGGAGAAGACCAGCAGUUUAACAGAUAUGUGUCAUGUGGCUUCCGUUGGAAGCUUGUAGAUGAUCCAGAAAUGUUCAGUGGCCGCGAGCGGACCCGAAGGGGACUAGAUGGCCUGGGACUCGAUGAGUCUGCAGAGUUGCAGGAUGUUUCAAUGGCCUUAUGUUCCGGCCAGGAGGCCAUGUAA